CUCUCGGGCGCUGGGCUCCGUCCAGGGCGCGGAGGAGGCGGCCGCCGCCGUGCGUGCCGCGCGCGCCUCUGUGUGGUCAGCUUGGAGAACGCCUGGCGCCGUGGCGGGAAGCCACCGGGACGGUGUCGGGGGAAAGGAGCCCGGAGGUCCUUGAACUCGCAGCCACCUGCUCACUGGAGCCCGCAGUUGUUUCCAAGAAACCCCUGCAGGAGCAGACAGGCCCUGCGCCGAAGGCUGCAGCGUUCCUAGCCGACCCCCAGGACACAGGGCUCGCUCGCUCGCAUGCUCGCGGGGUUCGGGCGAAGGCCAACCCUGCCUUAAAGCCCAGGCUGUCCCCUCCAGACGCUCCUAGGAGCCCUUAAGUUUUUCCCAAGCUGAAGAACUUCCCUGGAUGGUUCACAAGGAAAUUCCACGGGCCCACAGGUAGUCUAAUGGGCAAGGUCAGAGGUAGACAUCGAGAAUGUGCACGGUCGGGCUCGGGACCUGCCUAGCUAGCGAGGUCCUGGGUUCAAUUCCCGUACUGGAAGGGUAAGGGAAGUAUGUAUACACGCGCGCACACACACAUAAGCGCAGGCAGGUCAUUCUAUUUCAGGAAGGUCUCCUCUUCCAUGUAUAUGAAUGUAAUAUAUAUGAAUAUUUUACACACACACACGCAUAUACAGUGAGUAGUUACAGGUCAGCCUGAGCUACUUACUAUGAGACCAUAUCUCAAACACCCCAAAACCCAUUACUGGUGCUUGAGACUGACUCCUGCCCAUUAGAACCAUCCAGACUGUAGAAAUUUAAAGGAAACUUCGGAGAAUCUUAAGAAUCUAAACUUAGAGAAUUUUAAAGACUUAACUCAUGCCUCUGGGAGCGUGGGGAACAGGGCAAUGAGUUCUGACUUUUGUCUAACUUUUAGACAAAUCUGUUGGCCUUGGGCCCUGGCUCCUGUUUCUGGAAGAGGAAAAACAUUGCCACCUAAUGGAAUCGUCGGUGAAAGCUAAUAAGAAAUGUGACUGGGGAAAGUUCAACCCCUACCUAUCUACACCCACCCCGCCAUGAUCAAAGCAUGCCUAUGCUUGUUACUCUGAGCAGGAGGGAAGGGCGUCUUAUUCUCGUGGAUGUUUCUAGAGGAUCCCCAGGGUUCCCACGGCCCAGAUGUGUGUGGGGCAGCCAGGUACCCUUCUCCUCGCCCCAGGUGUCACCUACACCUUCCUGCCCGUCACCCGCACAGCCGGAACGCCGGCGGGUUCUGCGGCAACGGCUCGGGAACUGCCGGCCUCCGCGUCCGCAGCGCCGCUGCCAGACAGGCUGGAGCCGAAUCUGACCCCAGCGUCUGCGGCUCCCGCAGGCCACCAGGAACCAGGGAGGAUGCAAACAGAGAGGAGCGCCCAUAGUUUGGGCAGCAGAUACAGGCAAGUCCCCUUUGUGUACGAUGUCAAGCGAAACGUGUACAAUGAGGAGAACUUCCAGCAGGAGCACAGGAGGAAGGCUGCCUCUUCUGGAAACGUGGACGUCAGCAUCACCACCUUCAAGCACCAUGUCCAGUGCCGCUGCUCAUGGCACAAGUUCCUACGAUGCAUGCUUACGGUCUUUCCCUUCCUAGAGUGGAUGUGUUUGUAUCGAUUCAAGGACUGGCUUCUGGGAGACUUACUUGCUGGUUUAAGUGUUGGUCUUGUUCAAGUUCCCCAAGGCCUGACUCUUAGUUUGCUGACAAGGCAACUGAUUCCUCCUCUGAAUGUCACUUAUGCUGCCUUCUGCUCUUCAGUCAUUUAUGUAAUAUUUGGAUCAUGUCAUCAGAUGUCCAUCGGCCCCUUCUUCCUUGUGAGCGCUCUGUUGAUCAAUGUCCUGAAGGAGAGGCCAUUCAACAAUGGUCACCUGAUCAUGGGCACGUUUGUCAAGGAAGACUUUUCUCAGCCGACCUUCUACGUGAACUACAACGGGUCCUUAAGCAUGGUGGCAAGCACGACGUUCCUGACUGGGGUUAUUCAGCUGUCAAUGGGCUUGAUGGGGAUGGGCUUUGUGGCCACGUACCUUCCGGAGGCUGCGGUCAGUGCUUACCUAGCUGCCGUGGCGCUGCAUAUCAUAUUGGCCCAGAUGACAUGCGUCUUUGGGAUUAUGGUCAGUUUCCACGCUGGUCCCAUCUCCUUCUUCUAUAACAUAAUCAACUACUGCAUAGCUCUCCCCAAAGCCAACUCCACCAGCAUCCUGCUGUUCCUCACCGCGGUGGUGGCCCUGAGAAUCAACAAGUGCAUCCGCAUCUCCUUCAACCGCUACCCCAUUGAGUUCCCCAUGGAGCUGUUUCUGAUUCUUGGCUUCUCUGUACUUACAAACAAGAUAAGCAUGGCUACAGAAAACAGCAAGACGUUGAUCAACAUGAUCCCUUACAGCUUCGUGUUCCCCGAGACUCCAGAGUUCAGCGUUCUUAGCAGAAUUAUUUUACAAGCCAUGUCUUUAUCUUUAGUGAGCUCCUUUCUGCUCAUAUCUCUGGGCAAGAAGAUUUCCAGCUUGCAUAACUACAGAGUCAAUUCCAACCAGGAUUUGAUAGCCAUCGGCCUUUGCAACUUGGUCAGCUCCUUCUUCAGAUCUUGUGUGUUCACGGCUGCCAUGGCCAGGACUGUUAUCCAAGACAAAUCCGGAGGAAGACAGCAGUUUGCGUCUCUGGUAGGCGCAGGUGUGAUGGUGCUCCUGAUGGUGAAGAUUGGAAGCUUCUUCCACACUAUGCCCAACGCCGUGCUGGCAGGGAUCAUCUUGAGCAAUGUGAUACCCUACCUUGAAACCAUUUACAACUUACCCAGUCUGUGGAGGCAGGAUCAGUAUGACUGUGUUGUUUGGAUGGUGACGUUCUCCUCGGCGAUAUUUCUGGGACUGGACAUCGGACUCCUGAUCUCGCUCGUCUUUGCUUUCUUCGUCAUCACCGUUCGCUCGCACAGAACCAAGAUCCUCGUCUUGGGUCAGAUCCCCAACACCAACAUUUACAGAAACAUCAACGACUACCGGGAGGUGGUGCUCAUCCCCGGGGUGAAAAUCCUGCAGUGCUGCAACUCCAUCACAUUCGUCAACGUGUACAACCUGAAGCACAAGUUGCUAAAAGAGGUCAACAUGGUGAGGAUGCCUCUUAAAGAAGAAGAAGUGUUCGCCCUGUUCAGUGAAAGUUACGCCGGCAUAUCGGAAAACAAAAUUUGUAGGUGUUUCUGCGACUGUGAAGAGCUGGAGCCAGAGACCAGGAUUGUCUACACAGAGCGGUACGAAAGCAAACAGGAGCACGACCAGUCAUCCAUUAACCUGAUCCGAUGCUCCUACCUGAGCAAUGGGGACAUGAGCGAAAGCACGUCGGAGGGACAGGUCCCCUACACCGUGUCUUCCACAUCGCAGAAAAACCUAGGGCAGAGCUUCGAGGACACUGACAAAAUCUGGCUGUCCAACAACCCCUCAAGGAACAGUUCACUCCCACCUCCCGAGACCUCAGAAAGCUUAGCACAGAGUAGAUCCAGGUCCAUCAUCAUCCCUUACUCAGAUACGAGCAUGCAGCCCAGCAUCCACACCAUCAUCCUGGACUUCUCCAUGGUGCACUAUGUGGAUAACCAGGCUUCGGUUAUACUGAGGCAGAUGUGUAAUGCGUUCUACAACGCCAACAUCUUGGUGCUCAUCUCAGGCUGCCACACCUCUGUGGUCAAGUCGUUUGAGAAGAAUGCUUUCUUCGACGAGGGCAUCACGAAGGCCCAGCUCUUCCUCAGCCUGCACGACGCCGUGCUGUUUGCCUUAUCAAGGAAGAUGCCCGAGCCGUCGGAGUUAAGCAUAGAUGCAACUGAGACAGUGAUACAGGAAACCUACUCAGAGUCAGACAAGAAUGGCAACCUGAGCAAUCUAAGACAUAAAACCGGUAGUAGCAUCAUAGACGCUCCCCAACGUGCAAGUCCAAACUACAAGACCCACAAGCCCAUUGAGGACGACUUAGACUUUGACCUGGACCUGGAUGGCUUACUGAAUUCUGAAAAGAACAGCGGGCUGGGGCUCAGCCCGGACCUGAACCUGGACUUGGACCAUGAGACAGAGCUGGACGCUGAAUCUGAGCUGGAGUCUGAGAUGCAAGUCAAAUCUGACCUGGAGCUAGACACAGAGCUUGAGACAGAUGCCCAGACGGAACCAGAGACAGAAGAAGAGCUGGAGUUGGCAUCAAAGAGACACAGGAGGCCCCAGCCUAGAACCAAGGCAAGGUCUCGCAGCCCCUGGCGGAACUACUUCACCGCCUAUCGCUUUGGGGCCUCAGGCUCCCAGUCUCAGAUUCCACCUGAGACACCUCAGACAAGUCCAUCGGAGAGGAAGCAGCCACAUGCUCGUCCAGACUUGUCCUAGUGCGAUGAGGAUGCUUGGUAGGUGAACUGAAAAUAGAUAGCAGGCAGAUUACCCUGGCAAACCCUCCCGGCCCAAAAGGCAUCACUCGGGCAUGAGAUCCAGACUGGGUACAAGCCAUCCGUCCUGGCUCUGUGACCCUCCACUGCUGACUUCCUGCUUACUGGGUGCUGGGAUCACAUGCCCAUCAUACUCCCAGGCUGCCUGACUCAAGGCCGACAGUUGUCUCGGAGGUCUGUCUCCAGGUGUCCCAGAUGUCACCUUCAGCAGAUUUCUAGUGUUCAGCUUCCUGCACAUAACCCACGUCUCUGGGAACUGUGCCAGACCAUCUCCAACCACCUCCUCUCCUCUCUGCUCCCCUUUCUCUAAAGAAAUGAGGCUCGAAUAAAAUAUGUGACUCUACUUGA